AUUUCAAGGAUGAAGUUGACUUAUUUUAAUUUUUAUGGAAGAGUUGAGGCUAUCAGGCUCAUGCUUCAUGCAUCCAAAACUGAGUUUGAAGAUGUCAGGCUUGAAUUUUCUGAAUGGGGAAGUAUGAAGACUGAUCAAGAAAAAUUUCCAUAUGGGCAAUUACCUGUACUGGAGAAUAAAGGGAAAGUAUAUUGCCAAUCAAUGGCAAUGUUCAAGUACGUAUCAAAGAUUUGUGGGUAUACUCCUGAUGAUGCAGAAUCUCAAUUCCAUGUUGAGGAAGCAGUAGAAUCUUGUAGAGAGGCUAUUAGUGGGAUAUUCAAAAUGUAUCAACUUAAAACUGAGGAAGAAAAGAAAGAAGCAAUGGCAGAUAUUAAGCCAAAAAUUGAACCUUCUUUCGAAACUUGGGAGAAAAACCUUAAGGACAAUGGAGACAAAGAUCACUAUUUUGGAGCGAAAGAUACCCUAGCAGACUUUUUCUUUACUUGCUUUUAUACAGAUAGCAUCAGAUCUGGUCCUUGUGGGGAGUUCUUACAAGACAUUUUGAGUGCAUAUCCAACAGUUAAAGCUUAUUUCGAAACAAGGGCUGAAAUGCAUAAGGAUUAUUUUGAAAAAAGACCAAAAUGUCCUUAUUAGGCU